AUGGAAGCCUGGACGGCAUGGAAGACCCCAUGGACUAAGGUUUACGAUACAACCGCCCUACUCGAAGGUGCCAAGCUGGACGAUGCUUCUCCAUUAGUGGUUGAUCUUGGUGGAAACACCGGGACGGACAUCUCGUACGUCCUUGCUAAGCAUCCCGACAUCCCUGCUGGAUCGCUAGUUUUGCAAGAUCUUCCAGAGGUGAUUGCCAAUGUUCAUGUCGAUAAGAAGAUCACGGCUAUGGUUCAUGACUUUUUCUUACCCCAACCUGUGAAAGGGAGCCGUGCUUACUUUCUGCACGCCGUUCUCCAUGACUGGCCAGAUGACAAAGCGAAGCAACUGCUCGUGAACACCAGAAACGCCAUGGUAAAAGGCUACUCCAAACUCCUCAUCUAUGACAUCGUUCUUCCGCCAAUAGGAGCAAGCAUCAGCCAAACCACAAUGGACGUAGAGAUGAUGUCGUUACUGUCAGCUUCCGAACGGACGCAAGAUGCAUGGGAGAAUCUGUUAACCGAUGCUGGUUUCAAGAUUAUCAACUUUUGGCCUGACCCUCAAGAGUAUGAGAUGAUCAUCGAAGCCGAGAUCGCGUAG